GGAGAAAGGUUGUUUUCUGCUGCUCCAGAGAAGCAGACACGGAGCAAUGGAUUCAAACUUCAAGAAAGAAGAUUCCACCUAAACAUUAGGAAGAACUUCCUUACAGUAAGAGCUGUUCGGCAGUGGAAUUUGCUACCAAGGAGUGUGGUGGAGUCUCCUUCUUUGGAGGUCUUUAAGCAGAGGCUUGACAGCCAUAUGUCAGGAAUGCUUUGACGGUGUUUCCUGCUUGGCAGGGGUUGGACUGGAUGGCCCUUGUGGUCUCUUCCAACUCUAUGAUUCUAUGAUUCUAUGAUUCCCAGGUGGCAGAAAAACUUGGGAGCAAUGGCUGCUUCACCUACGAUAUACCACUGGGUGAAGUAGCCAUCGUGCUCUGGCCCUCAUACCGGUCCUGAGCGAUGUAUCUCUACAUUGCUCAGGCCUUCCUCCAAACUACAUACAUGUUCCUUAAGACAGAAAGCAACCUCAUCCAGAACAGGUAGCAUUUCCAGUUUCUGGUCAUGGGAAGAACCUACUCACCAUGCCUCUGUCUUGUCCAGAUUCAGUUUCAGCUUAUUGACCUCUAUCCAACUGACCACUGUAUCCGGACUGGGUCAAGGACUGUCACAGCACCUCCUGAUGUAGAUGAAACAGGGAAAUAAAGCUGCACGACAAGGGCAGAUUCAAAGUGACGUUAUGCACUCGGACUACUGUGAAUUUCCAUAAGUUCUUGGGGGAUUGCUUUAUCCUUUGAUUCCAAAAGUUGUACACAGUAGCGCAAUGGCACUUGUGGACAAACACAAAGUCAAACGGCAGCGAUUGGACAGAAUUUGUGAAGGUAUUCGCCCGCAAAUAAUGAAUGGCCCUAUGCAUCCUCGUCCAUUGGUGGCUUUACUAGAUGGAAGGGACUGUACAGUGGAGAUGCCCAUUUUGAAGGACUUGGCUACUGUUGCAUUCUGUGAUGCGCAAUCAACUCAGGAAAUCCACGAAAAGGUUUUAAAUGAAGCCAUUGGAGCAAUGAUGUACCACACUAUCACUCUCACCCGGGAAGACCUAGAGAAGUUCAAGGCCUUACGAGUCAUUGUUCGAAUAGGCAGCGGUUAUGACAACGUAGACAUCAAAGCUGCAGGGGAACUUGGAAUUGCUGUUUGCAACAUCCCCUCGGCUGCAGUAGAAGAGACGGCAGACUCCACUAUGUGCCAUGUCCUGAAUCUCUACAGACGAAACACUUGGCUCUACCAGGCACUGAGGGAAGGAACCAGAGUGCAGAGCGUGGAACAGAUUCGGGAGGUGGCUUCUGGAGCAGCUCGUAUUAGAGGCGAAACCCUCGGCCUAAUUGGAUUUGGUCGCACUGCGCAAGCAGUUGCAGUUCGAGCCAAGGCAUUUGGCUUCAAUGUGAUCUUUUAUGACCCAUACCUGCAGGAUGGCAUAGAAAGGUCCUUGGGAGUCCAGCGGGUCUACACACUCCAGGAUCUGCUAUACCAGAGCGACUGUGUGUCGUUACACUGUAACCUCAAUGAACAUAAUCAUCACCUUAUCAAUGACUUUACGAUUAAGCAGAUGAGGCAGGGAGCAUUUUUGGUAAACACAGCCCGUGGUGGUCUGGUGGAUGAAAAGGCCUUAACUCAAGCCCUGAAGGAAGGAAGGAUACGAGGGGCAGCACUGGAUGUGCAUGAAUCGGAACCAUUUAGCUUUGCUCAAGGACCACUAAAAGAUGCUCCUAAUUUAAUUUGCACACCACACACUGCUUGGUACAGCGAACAGGCCUCACUGGAGAUGAGAGAAGCCGCCGCGACAGAGAUACGCCGAGCUAUCACAGGUCGGAUCCCUGAAAGCCUACGAAACUGCGUGAACAAGGAAUUCUUUGUCACAACAGCUCCUUGGUCAGUAAUAGAUCAGCAAGCGAUUCAUCCAGAGCUCAAUGGUGCCACAUACAGAUAUCCACCAGGCAUGGUGAGCGUUACACCAGGCGGGAUUCCGGCAGCUAUGGAAGGUAUUAUCCCAGGAGGGAUCCCUGUUACCCACAAUCUUCCGACAGUGGCGCAUCCUUCCCAAGCUCCAUCUCCUAAUCAGCCGUCCAAACAUGGGGACAACAGGGAACAUCCCAAUGAGCAAUAGCAGAUAAUUUAAAGCACUCCAAUUUGGGACCAAGAGACAUUUGGGGGGAGGGGGAGAAAUGACACACGAACUGACGGGAAUUUGAUACAAAAUUUGUAAGGUUGAUUUUGGACUGACGCAUCAUGUUGUUCCAGUGUUAACUACAAAAAAAUUGGAGUCGUCUUGGGAAGGGAGGGGGAAUGCAGACGAAGUCACCUGCUUACUGAAGCACUGAAAACUAGGAUGCGAUGAUACAUUACUGAUCAGCUUCUGUUAUUGUACAUUUAAGUUUCCUUCAUCUUUACAUCAAUCACAAGAAUAUAUAUUUCUUCUCAGUCCCUUUUGGGGAAUAGCAGGUGGCCUGCUGCUUAGAGCAGGUCCAUCAGUCCUAACAAAGCUUACAUGAUAUUAAGAGGAAACCAUCAUGUGACUUCAGCCCUUUCCUUCCUCACUUACCUGGCUCCUCCUUGUAUAGCCUGAGGAAAUAUAACCCAGAGAUGGGGAAACUGUUUUGCUUGUUGCAGUUAUAUACGGCCACUAAUGUAUUGGAGGGAUGCUACUCAAGUUUAACUACCGUCAUGUAGGACAGCAAUCUUGGUGGGAAGAGGGGGUAAAAGGCCCAUGUUAACUAGCUGCCUCUUACCCACAGAAAUGGAUGCUUGCUUAUUCUACAAGAUGCACUUAAUAAAGUAGCUGUACACUCAAUAACACGUGCUGAUGAUGCAAAAAAAAAAAGUGUUACGUUUCACAUUUAUACUCAAAUAUAUUUUUCUCAGUUUUAAAUCCACAGCUAUUUUAUUGAGUGGAAACGUCUUGGGCUGGAAGGGGUUCAAGACUAAUGUUGCAUUUCCUUAUGUCUCAGGAAAAAGAAACACUUUUUAUGGUAACUUGUCAGACUGUAUGAACAAACCCACUUUUUUAGACAUUGAAGUCUUCUUUUCUUCAUGUGAUAUUUUAUACAAGAACACUUCAAAAUGUGUUAUUAGAUGUGACUGAUUUUAACAAAUCCUAUUAGAUUUGUAUCAACUAGUUACAUGUUAUAUUCAUAGUCUUUUGUGAAUCAUCGCCUUUUUGUUGAAAAAGAUGGCCUAUUUUGAGCCUUUGUAUGGGUACAUUCCUGUUUCUGUGAUAAGUUUUAAAAGCUGUCCCAAACAAAACAAAAAAACCAGAACCAAUGGCUACCAGAAGUAUGUUUUGUUUUAGUGUGUUACCGUUACUGUAUUUGUUUAUGUAAAGGUGGACAUAUAGCGUUCAGUGCAGUUUUCAAUAAAAAAGUGACAAUUUCUAUAAUUUCACAUGGACCAGGCCCUUCAUGUCCUUUACCCUGUACGAAAUACUAACACAUUUUCAGGUCCAACAAGAGCAAGCUAUGCUAAAACCACCCUUCUUGUUCUGCAGACAAGAUUCCAAAAUGCCGUGAUCUCUUCUUUUCAGAGCUGUGAGAAGCUCAUGAGGGGUCUGAAGUAAACUAUAACUCUGCUCUUUGAAAUAAAUAAACAAACAUACAUAUACCCCCCAAAAGCCUGUGCACUCAAAAAAGUUCCAAGCCAACAAGACUCCUCUAGAGUAUCUGAACUCAGUUCCAGCAAAAUCCUCUUUGAAUAUAAGAGACGACCACAGAGUGUCGGCUAAUGGCUUGUUCAGACAUUAGCUGGCACCUAAGACUUUACCCAAAACAAGAUGGGGAUGAACUUUCCACUAUUCCGUGCUCACUCUCCUACCCUCAUCACUGCAGAAACUAAUGGGUACAUUGAGAUAGUCUCCAGAUCUUAUAACAGAUUUGAGGAAAUUACAGAAGGUGCCCUGAGAGAGGUGAGGGAGAAGUAGUAUUAAUGCACAGCCCAAGUCAUUGUGCUAACAGAACUGCUUUGUUGGACGCAACCCAGAGUUUCCUAGACCAGAAGCAGGAGAGAUGCAAGACUGCAUAACUCCUAAGAGCCUCUCAUUUCAAACAGAAUGUGGGUGGGAGAGGGGAGAUCUGACCAAGGACUACUACUCUUAUCUGUAUGAGGCUGUACCCUGCAAAACGGCCUAUGAAACCCACACCAGACUGGUUAACUACAAGCUACUAUUGCAACUGUGGCGUUGGAAGGCUCUAAUUCAAAAUAGCUUUAGCCACUAACUCACUAUAGGACCUAUGCCAAGUCAUUCUUCUCUUAACCCAAAUUUACAGGAUUCCUUUAAACAGUAAAGCACUAAAUGUGCAUCAAAAACACCAUUAAGAACUAUAAUAUAUCUUUUUAAAAAACUGCAACCCUCAGAACACAUUGCUAAGCUAUGUGGAAUAGAAGUUGAGAGCCAUGGGAAGUGGAGAGAAAAGAGUAAAGCUGCCACCAACACUGACCACGCAAUGAGUCCAUGCAACCUCUGGGACAACGGCAGUAAAAGACAAGAUAACUGGGAUAGUAAGAACUAGGUCCAACCGCAAAUGUAAUACAGAUGUAAUUUCAUGGCAAACGCAGGCUGUACGACAUCCCAACCUAACAGCAGUGUCCAUUUGAAAUGAAUAAAGGAGGACUAGAAUGGAAUUUGAGGGUAGGGGGAAGAGAAAGAAGACGCAGAAUAAUACAUUAACGGACAAACUGAAAGUAAACCAUUGUUACAAAACUUAUAUUUGUUUUGUUUUAAAUUAAUGGAAAAGCACAUUACCAGCUCUGAACAUAUUCAAGGGAGUCAACUUCAUAGCUGUGUCAAUGAUCUAACACUGCAAUUAUGAAUAACUUACCAUAGACACCAGUAUAGAGCAAUCAGGAGAAGGAACAUUGGUGAGUUACAGAGAACAUUUAGGAAGCCACACAAAUGAAGGUGAAACAACAUUUACACUGGCAUUGGUGAUUUUAAGAAGCUGCUAUUGUUGGAUCUUUGUUCUUAGACCAGGCAGUGGCAUUCCAGAUAGGCAUAAUUAAUGUUGAUGAAAAUGUAUACUUUCUAAUAGGACACUCACAUUUGAGGCAGACUCUGCUACUGCCAGUGAAUCUGCUUGGAACCCCUGGUGCAAAAUUUGGCUGCUUGGAUGCAAUUAUCUUCGUAUUACUUCCAGGUACUAACUUGAAGAAAAGAAAAGAAAACCCUCCACUUAAAACUAGAGGAAAAUGUAGUUUUAGAGGAGGCAGGCUAAAAGUCAAACUUCCAUAUAGCAGUUGUGGGUCUGGAAGUCAUCUUAGUACAGAGAACGUAUGUCAUUGAAAAGUUCUUAAAAUGUUAGCGUGAUUCAGGAAGCAUAGGUUUAGGCAGUAGAACAAAGCUUCAAACAAAAUAUUAAAAGUAAUUAAGAUACUAAAUGGUUUGAGAUGGCAAGGAGGAGGAGCCAUUUUGCUGCCAAACCAUUCCUUUUUGUUUUACCACUUGAAGUUUGUUUUACCACUUGAAGUCUUAUUUUUUUCUAAGGAGAGGAGGCAGCAAAUUUUGCAGUCCAAAAAGAACACAACCAAACAAUUCAAAUGGAUGAAAAACCACUACUUAAAGCAGGACAUAUAUAAUACAUUUUUCUAAUGUAUCUCCACUACAGACUCAAAAUGGAACUUGUCCUUCAGCUUCAGAAAUGGUGGUUUAAUUUAAAAAAAAACACACUACUUCAACUGUAACUUAGAUCACAGUAAGUGGAAAAUCCUGGACUUUAAAAAAAAAGGUGUAUCAGGCUAGAGACCCAUGCAUUACUGCAGUGUUUGAGGCUCACCACAACUUGCUCAAUGCCUAUUCUCCAGCUAAUGGAAUUACAAUCUAUAAAACCACUAACCACCACUGAUUAUCAUAGGGAUGUACUGAGACUACAAAAAGUGGUUUCGAUGUUUCUGUCCGUGUAUGUGGAUAGGAGCCAGUAAAAAUGCACAUUAUUGUGUUUUUUAUUCCAGAUGGCACCAAACACUUUCAUCAAAAAAAGACUCCAAAAAUUUCAGGCUUUGCUACUGCAGCAGAAUAGAAAUGGCUGGAGAUUCAGCCAUUUCCCCCUACUAGGAUAGUAAUGCUUACAUUUAAGACAUAUGUAGCGAACUAGAAUCCGCUAUAGAUGGCAGCACAGUGACUCAGAUCUUUUUUUAAAAAAACUUCCAUUAUUUUAGGUAACUGACUCCUCCCACAAAAGCACAGCUUAUUGCAUUGGUCCAGGACUAUGGGGAUUCCACCACUAAGUAUGUAAGGUAGGCAGGAAAAGCAAGGUGAAACGACUGCAUUUAGAAAACCUAAAAUUAGAAUUGCAUAUAAAAGCAGGAGCUAUUUUUUAAAAAAGAAAUCCAAUUAUUCUCCAGUUUAGGACAUUUGACUCAUCAAAGGUAAGCAUGUACCUUUGCCCAAUAAUCUCUGCAUGCACCAAAAAAGAGAACUAAUGACCAAAACACAUACAUAAAAACACAUCCAUCCUUUUACAUUUCAGAGAUCAAAAAGCUGAAUCAAUGUGCUUCUUCAAUGUAGUACCUUGAAGAACUUUCAGGGUAGUUUUGUCACAAGGAUUACUUUUGUAAAGUAUAUUUCAACACCAUCUAAUCCACAUUUAGAAAAAGCAGCAAAUUCUGAAGGGUUCCUAUAUAUAUAUUUUACACAUAUGUAAAUGUACGGCUCCUGUCCAGAUUCUUAAACAAGGAAAACUAUUUUGCAAGAGGUUCCUUGUCCUCAUUUCCACCACCAUUAGUCUUCAAAAAGUGCUUAUCAGGAUCUGCUUUAUGCAUACAAAACUAUUCAACCUUUAGUGUUUUUUUAAAGUGAGGUUUUUGGAUAGGCUAUAUCCAUUCAAGAUAGCAUGGCUAAAGUUAUCAAGUAUAAUAAAAAAAAGAAUUUUCUACUGGAGAAUAUAUUCUGAACUUAUACUUUCAGGAAACUUACAUAUUCAAAUGUGGCCACAAUCAAUCAACAUGCAAAAAAUUCCAAAGUUUACAUACCAAGAAAAGAUAAUAUACAGUACUUUAAAACAAAGCUUUAGAAUGAAGGCUUUUAAGGAAAACUGCCAAAGUGCUUUCUCACUCGAUUUUAAUGACCAAGGAGUGCUCCGUAAUGGAGGUUAUUUUAACUUGCAGGGGAAAGGCUUGAUAAAAUAGUAAUUUCUAUUGUACAACUCACAGCAAGAUCAGGUUUGGACAAAAUGCAGGUGUUUUUUUCAGUUCAGUUUAGAUGUAGCAGAUUCCACACGGUAGUUAGCAUAUAGCUCUCUGGAACAAUACUUCUCUGACUACUUUAAGUAUGCUGGAAGGGGGGUGGGAAAUAUUCCAAAUAAGGGAUAGAAAAUAUUAACGGACAACAGAGAAUCCUUUUCCAAAAAAAAAAAAGUUCACUCAAUCAAAACGUAUCAUCCCUUCCAUAGGUUGUUUUUUUUUCCCUUUAGCAUUUCAUCUUAUUAUAAUGGGCACAAAAGUAACUCAAAUCUGAAAAGAAACAAUGAACUGCUCAUACUAUUGACUCACUCUGGAUAUAUG